AUGAGGUUAGAGGCCGCAGCCAGGAUGGAUCUGUUCAGGAAGCUGUGGAGGGCGCGGAAGCUGAUCCUUGUGGUGUUCAUCCCGCUGUCCCUGCUUCCCUUACCGCUCAUCCACCCCACCAGCGAGGCAUGCUGUGCAUACGUGCUGAUGGUGACGGCAGUCUACUGGGUGUCCGAGGCUGUUCCUCUGGGUGCUGCUGCUCUGGUACCUGCCUUCCUCUAUCCACUGUUUGGGGUACUCAAGUCAAGCGAGGUGGCAGCAGAGUACUGUAAAGACACCACCCUGCUGCUGAUGGGAGUCAUUUGCCUGGCAGCCUCUAUAGAGAAGUGGAACCUGCACAAACGCAUCGCUCUCCGCAUGGUGAUGAUUGCAGGGGCAAAGCCUGGCAUGUUGGUGCUGGGCUUCAUGUGCUGCACAGUGUUUCUGUCCAUGUGGCUCAGCAACACGUCCACCACAGCCAUGGUGAUGCCCAUAGCCGAGGCCGUCCUGCAGCAGCUGAUCUGCACCGGCCUGGCCGACAGCCACAAUGACUCGGAAACCGCUGAGGCCCCCGAGAACGACAGCGCUGUUUCAGACAGAGAAGAGAACCUGGACAAAAACCAGCUAGAGCUGCUUUAUCGCAAUGACAGCGACUGCACUAAACAGGAGCUCUCUACACUAAGUGAGGUGCAGACUGAGGAGGUGAAUGGUUUGGGUCUAAGACCAGUCUCUAACCCGGGCUAUAACAGGCACACCAAUGGACACCUGCCGCAGGUUGCGAUUGAAUUCCCAAAUGUGAAGCGGGUGAAGGCCAGGAGAGACUCCCAGUAUCCCACCAAGAGGGAUCACAUGAUCUGUAAAUGCCUUUCGCUCAGCAUCACCUAUGCUGCGACAAUCGGCGGUCUCAUCACCAUCACCGGCACGUCAACCAACCUCAUCUUUGCUGAGCAGUUUAACACUCGUUAUCCAGAUGCAAAGGUGAUCAACUUCGGCACGUGGUUCAUCUUCAGCUUCCCCAUCGCCAUCAUCAUGCUGGUCCUCACCUGGCUCUGGCUGCACUUCCUCUUCCUGGGCUGCAACUUCAGGGAAACAUGCUCGUUGAGUAAGAAACGCAAAACCAGGAGAGAGAUGCUGUCAGAGAGGAGGAUCCAGGAGGAGUACGCCAAACUGGGAGCCAUCAGCUACCCAGAGGUGGUGACCGGUGUUUUCUUCGUCCUGAUGACUCUGCUGUGGUUCACCAGAGAACCUGGCUUUGUGCCCGGCUGGACAUCUCUUUUUGAGAAGAAAGGCUACAGGACCGAUGCGACAGUAUCUGUCCUUCUGGGCUUCCUGCUCUUCCUCAUCCCUGCCAGGCGACCCUUCUCCCCCUCCAGCUGUAAGAACACAGGUGAUGAUUCUGAGUCUGACCCGCUGGCUCCUAUGAUCACCUGGAAGGAUUUCCAGAGACUGAUGCCAUGGGAGAUUGUCAUCCUGGUGGGAGGAGGCUAUGCACUGGCUGCUGGUUGUAAGGUGUCAGGCCUGUCAGUGUGGAUUGGCAGACAGCUGGAGCCCAUGAGUGGUCUUCCUCCGUGGGCCGUCACCCUGCUGGCCUGCCUGCUGGUGUCAGCGGUCACUGAGUUCGCCUCCAACCCGGCAACUCUCACUGUCUUCCUGCCCAUCCUGUCAGCACUGUCCGAGACGCUGCGCAUCAACCCCCUCCAUACUUUGAUCCCGUCCACCAUGUGCGUGUCAUUUGGGGUCAUGCUUCCAGUGGGGAACCCCCCCAACGCUAUCGUCUUCAGUUACGGCCACGUGAAGAUUAGCGACAUGGUGAAAGCAGGCUUUGGGGUGAACCUGAUUGGGGUUGCUGUGGUGAUGUUGGCCAUCACCACAUGGGGUGUUCCCCUCUUCAACCUGACUGAGUUCCCAGCCUGGGCAGUGGCCAGGAACGUCACCGGGAGCUUAUAACCACCGCUGUGGUGGGAAUGAAUCACAGAGAGACAGAAAGAGAGAAAGAGAUGUUGGUGUAAAGAAAGACAACAAGAAAAUGACGUCAAGAGGACGGUCUUGCUCAGAGUUCAGCCCUUUCUGAGACGGAUAAAACUGGACAUGAAGGAGGAUGGAGAGGAGGAGGAGAAGAAGUGGAGAGCAGAACACCAUUACCUGUUGCUUAGAUGUUAUAAUUAUUAGAAUUGUACUUUUAUUGGCCACAAGGGGGCGUUACAAGGAAUGCAGAAUGCCAAAGUGGCCACUGUGUGGGGCUCUGACCUCAAGCAAAGACUUUUUUUUAACCUCCGUUAACAAAGUUUAAAGGAGAUUCUGCUUUCACCGAAUCACUGAAGAUAUUACUAAAAGCUACAAACAUAUUUGUGGCGAUCAGGAAACUGAUAUUUUUGAUUUAUAAUAGAACAAUGAUAAGUGUUUACAGAGCCACGUCAUGCCUUGUUCUGUGGAUUAGUUGAUAUUUAGAUAUAAAUAAGCUAUUAUAUGGCCAUUGUAAGUAAGCCUCUUUUUACUGCAUGCUUGCAGAACUUCUGCUGCACUUAAAUGUAUCUUUAACCAGAUCACAUACAUUGCAACAUAGUGGGCUGGUGACAAGUUUGCUUAUAGAAUUUUAAAAUUUUGUUUUGAUAUAUCACUUUGGCUACGCUGUCCAGUGUAAAAGAGAGAGCUGACUGCUGUAUUAAAGCAUGAUACAUGCAUGAAAAGAGGCUUCUGCUAUGGCUAGUAAUGUACUGUAUACAUAGAGCCUUUCACAUGUGCCUAGUAUCUAUUUCUUAUAAGAUCUGUUUCUAAAGAGGUAAAGCUUGUGUAUAUUUAGCAACAAAUUGAACAAUUUUACUCUGUCCGUGGAUGUUCUUAGUGGCUUUAAAUGACUUACUUUAGAGUUCUAGACCUCUUAAGGUCUGCCUGAUGCCUUUACCAAAGUUUCGUGCCAAGCCUGAUACCACAGAAAUGCGUGAAAUCACGAAGGCCUCUAAACACUGCAUUACCUGGUGGUGGUAUGUGUGAAAAUAUGUGCCGACAUCAAAGACAGUGCCAAUGGAAAGUCAGUUAGAAUUCUCCUUGUCGUGGUGAAAGGAUGGGUCAAACACGGGACUUUCAUCCUGGAGAAAGCUGUUCAUGUCCUGUGUGGAAGCGAAAGUCAACGUAGGCCUUUUAAAAUUUUUGUACGCAAGUUCAUUUACAUAAUAAACAUAUUUAUUUGAACCCAAACCGUGCUGUUUUCCUAAGCCUAACCAAGUAGUUUUCACCUAAGAGACUGCUGUUCUUGUCCUGUGUGGAACCAAAAGUCAACAUUGACUUAUUUAAAUCUCUGGACCCACUUUAAUUUACUACCCUUUCAGACCCUUUGGGCUGAAAAUGUCCACUUCCAAAAAAACGCAAUAAAAACUUAAAAACUUAAAUAAAAACUUCUACUUUUUUCUGCAAAAAUCGCUUAAACAACUUCUGACCUGUUCAAAACUACCAAACAUUCAGAGAGUUUGAGGAGUUUAACCCUUCAAAUGCCAGUUUGAUUGCACAAUGUCACUGAUGUUUUUUAUGAAAUAAAACACAAAAAUGUAGUUAUUUUCCAUAUAAUAAAUAAUUUUUGGCUGGGGCAUUGGUUUUUAUCACAGCCUUGGAUAUGUCAAAGAUUAGCGACAAAAUUGAUUUUGAUGCAUUUUUGUUUGGUAAUUUUGAGCAGGGCAGAAGUUGUUUAAGAGGUUUUUGCAGAAAAAAGUAGAAAAAAAUACUAAUCUGUAAAGUUUUUAUAGCAUUUAUUGUAGGUGUACAUUUUCAGCCCAAAGGAUCUGAAAGGGUAAAUUUGUACACAUUGUAUUAUUGACCUAUUAGAAAAAUUGAAAUUUGAAUUUCAAAGUAUAUCAAGAAAAAAAUCCUACCAAAAAUCAUGUCAUUUGCAGUAUCAAAGCCAAAAUUAUUGCCAAAACAAAAGUGAAAAAUGACAAAUAUGGAUGAAAAUGUCCACAGUGGGCCCAGAGGGUUAAACUUUAGUACGUAAGUUACAUAACAAAGAAUACUUAUUUUAACCCAAACCAUGAUCUUUUCCUCAACCUAACUAGGUAGUUUUGUUUCAUAAACUUAAAUUGUCUUCAUAGUUAAUUCAGAUUAAAAGUACAGGUGGAAAUGUAUUUAUUUUACUGUCACCUGCUUGAGCUAACCAGCUUAGCUACAUGCUAGUGGUCUCUACCUACAACCAGCGUUACAACUUGCUGCGGUGUUAUGAGGUGGUCAUUUCACACAUUUCUGUGAGAUCACAUUGUUCGUGCACCAUCAUACUGUGAACACUGAACUGGCAUUACAGUACCACUGGUGCCUAUACCACAUUAUUGCCUGUCAUACUACACUAUUAUCAGACUGUCUCUUGUGGGAAUCAACCCCUGUAAUCUCAGAGCAGUGCAGGAGCUCGGUUCACCACUAUCCUCCUUAAAAGCAGUAGUGUAAUUGCUUUGUACUGUGCUACUUCUCAGACAUUCGCUUUUACUUGAUACCAUAA